GUUUCUGGAAAGUCGAAUCCCCAAGUCAACCCCAAAGGAUUUUCCAUUAAUCAUUGAGUUCCGGAAAAUAUCUACUCAAAUCUGCAGCACCUAUACAAGGAAAAUAACCGAAGCUAACUGUAUAUAGUCCCCAUGAAAGCUGCAAGCUAAAAAGGUGGUUUCAGAACUCUUUUUCAAUUUUGUGUCAAAUUGUACUGCCAGACUCGAAGAUUCGCAGCUUCCCAGGUCUCAUUCAUUAAUUUCCCCAAUCAUUUAAUUCAAACUUUCUGCAAUAUCACUUUCCAUUUUCCAGAUCCCCAUUUCUUUUCUGCACAAAACCCGCACUCCAAAGGGAUAAAAAUCUGAUCUUUUUAUCAUUAUUUUUUUUCCCUUAUUAACCUCAAUUAAAAAAAAUGGUCAUGGGCCCAACCGUAAAAGUAAUUCUCGGUUCGUUAGCUUUUUCCGUAUUCUGGGUACUCGCUGUUUUCCCUGCCGUGCCCUUCCUGCCCGUGGGCCGCACAGCCGGCUCACUCUUGGGCGCCAUGCUCAUGGUCCUCUUCCGAGUGAUGUCACCCGAACAAGCUUACGCAGCAAUCGACCUCCCCAUACUCGGCCUCCUCUUCGGGACAAUGGUCGUUAGCGUCUACCUCGAACGAGCCGAUAUGUUCAAAUACCUCGGCAAACUCCUCUCCUACAAAAGCCGAGGUGCAAAAGACCUCCUCUGCCGAAUCUGCCUCAUUUCCGCUAUAUGCAGCGCUUUUUUCACAAACGACACUUCUUGUGUCGUUUUAACAGAGUUCGUGCUGAAAAUCGCCCGACAGCAAAAUCUCCCGCCACAUCCGUUUUUGCUGGCACUUGCCUCGAGCGCGAAUAUAGGCUCCGCAGCCACGCCAAUCGGAAACCCACAGAAUCUCGUGAUUGCGGUUCAGAGUGGAAUCACGUUCGGAGGAUUCUUGCUCGGGAUUUUGCCCGCCAUGCUAGUUGGGGUUUUCGUGAAUGUUCUUAUUCUCCUAUGUAUGUUUUGGAAAUUGCUCUCCGUGCAAAAAGACGAGGAAGAUGCUUCUACGGAGGUCGUUGGCGAAGAAGACAUCAAUUUUCACAAUUUCUCGCCCGCCACUAUGUCCCACCAAGCGUCCCUCAACUCUCAAGAGUUGACCGCAGCUCUCGAGUCAACCGGUGCGAGUCCACUCGAGUCAAACCUUAGAAAUCGAGGUAACUUGUCCGAGGGGAAUAAUAGUGUGCGCAGCUUGCUCGGCAUGAACGGACACCACUUGGAAGGUGAGAUCAAGAAAAAUCCGAGUGAGAGAUUGGAAGUUAGUGAGAAUUUGGAGGAUUUGGGAGGUUUUUGUUCGAGGAGGAGCUCGUCGGUCAAUGGGGUAGGGGUCGGAGGAUUGGGUUCGUUUGCGGAGGGGAAGUUGGGUUUUUCGAGGAAGUGGACGAGGGCUUUGUGGAAGGCUUGUGUUUAUUUGGUCACUUUGGGAAUGUUGAUAUCUUUGCUUAUGGGUCUCAACAUGUCUUGGACUGCAAUCACGGCCGCGCUUGCGCUCGCCGUUCUUGAUUUUAAAGACGCUAGACCCUCUCUCGAAAAGGUGUCUUACUCGCUCUUGAUUUUCUUCUGUGGGAUGUUUAUAACGGUGGAUGGGUUUAAUAGGACUGGGAUUCCGAGCACGGUGUGGGAAUUCAUGGAGCCGUAUUCGAAAAUCGAUCAUAUUGGCGGGAUUUCAGUUCUGGCAGUUGUUAUACUAAUCCUCUCGAAUGUGGCCUCAAAUGUGCCUACAGUCCUGUUACUAGGUGGCAGGGUGGCUGCCUCUGCAGCCAUGAUAUCGCCAACGAGUGAAAAGAAAGCUUGGCUUAUACUGGCUUGGGUCAGCACAGUGGCUGGUAACCUCUCCUUAUUGGGCUCGGCUGCUAACCUAAUCGUUUGUGAGCAGGCCCGUCGGGCCCAACACUAUGGCUACAACCUGUCCUUUUGGAGCCAUCUAAAGUUUGGGGUCCCGUCGACUAUUGUUGUCACGGCUGUCGGCUUGAUCCUCAUCAGAGGUUAAUCAUGUAAAUUUAUGUGCAUUUGAUCUGAUAUUGUAUUCAGCAAAAAAA